UGAUUAUCUACCUGAGUCAGAUCAUUCGAUCGUUUUAUUCAGAGUGAAUCGCACGUUUUUCACAAUUUUGAUAACGAAAUACUAUAAUGGAGCAAACAGAACCCAACAAGAAAUGUGGAUGGAAGCGUCAUAUAAUUGUCGUAAUGAUCCUGUUCGGCAUCAUAAAUAGUUCACAAAUGCGAUCCUUACUACCUGUUGCCAUAACCCAAAUGGUUGAACCUAUCCCAACUGUUGUAACCAAGAAACUUGAUGUUUCAAUUUGCCCAUCACCCGAACAUAACGUCACCAAAAUCAGUCCAGUAAAUAUCUCCACAGUCAAUUCUAAAAUCCAACAAAACAUGACGAGAUUCAAAUGGUCACAAGAAAUGCAGGGAGUGAUAUUGUCAGCUAUCUUUUAUGGAUACACGGCCGGUCAUAUACCGGCGGGAUUGAUGGUGCAAAAGAUUGGAGCAAAAAUGGUAUUUCUUGCAUCGAUUUUAUGCUCAUCAGUACUCACUCUGAUAACACCUAUUGGUGUAGAGCUUGGUGGAGUUUGGACGAUGAUAUUUUUGCGAGUUCUGAUGGGACUCUUUCAAGGUGGAAUAUUUCCAUCAGCGAUUACACUCAUUUCGUCAUGGAUACCAAUCAGUGAGCGUGGUCUUGCGUCAGCAACAGCAUUCAGUGGCACAUCAGCUGGCAUAAUUCUUGGGACCUAUUUCUCCGGGCUUUUGCUUCAUCACUUUGAUGGCUGGAGUUCCGUCUUUUAUGUUUUUGGAGCCAUUGGUCUCAUUUCGUCCGGAAUAUUUGCUUUCUUGUGUUAUGACAGCCCAGAGCAACAUCCGUUUAUCGACAGAGACGAACAAGAAUAUCUACGAAUGGAGCUCAGACAAAUUAGUGGAAGAAAACCUUCGAUACCUUGGAAAGUUCUCCUCACAAGUCCACCAGUUUUAGCUUUAAUUUGCACUCAGGCAUGUCACGACUUUUCUUUCUACAUCAUUUUGUCAGACCUACCAAAAUAUAUGAACGAUGUGCUGCACGUGUCAAUCAAAGACAAUGGUCUGUACUCGUCGAUACCGCACAUGUUCCGAAUUCUUUCGACAUUCAUCUUCGGUUACAUCAACGACUGGAUCACUUCAACAGCAUGUUUAUCAAUGACAAACACAAGAAAGUUGUUCGUAGUGAUUGCGUCAAUCAUUCCAGCAAUUUUUACAAUGAUGGCCUCAUAUGUUGGCUGUAAUGAAAUCUUAGCGGUGACUGCAUUCGCGAUUUCAGUGGCUUCACUAGGACCAAAAUUAGUGGCCAGCAACAUUAAUCCAAUGGAUUUAAGUCCGAACUUUGCUUCAAUCAUAGCUGCACUGUCCGUUGGUACCGGAUCUGUGUGCGGUAUUGUAGCGCCCACUGCCGUUGGUCUAAUGACGCCGAAUUCGCUGCUAUCUGAAUGGCGUUUAGUAUUUUGGAUCACCGCCGGCCUUCACGUUUUUAAGGCAAUCGUAUUUUCCGUUUGGGGUACGGCUGAUCGUCAGCCUUGGGAUACACCUAAAGUCUCAAUUAGUGAAUCGCCGAACAGUGAAGAAACCGAGAAAUUAGCCGAUAACGUUGAGAUGAAGUAAUGUCGGUGUCGUAUGCAAACAUAAUUUAAGGUUUGUAAAAUAUCAUGUAAUUUAAGUAAAUAGCCGGUGAGUAAAGCACACAAUAUACCAAAAUGA